AUGAGGCACAUGAAUCAGACGUCCAUCAGCGACUUCACCCUCGUGGGGCUGUUCUCCUCCUCGCGAACCAGCCUGGUCGCCUUCUCCUCCCUGUGCGUCAUUUUCGUCCUGACCCUGGCAGAAAACGCCCUCCUGAUCCUGCUCAUCCGCAGCGACUCCCGCCUCCACUCCCCCAUGUACUUCCUGCUCAGCCAUCUCUCCCUCAUGGACAUCUUGCACGUUUCCAACAUUGUCCCCAAGAUGGUCUCCAACUUCCUGUCUGGCACCAGGACGAUCUCCUUUGCAGGCUGUGGAUUCCAGGUCUUCCUGUCCCUCAUACUGCUCGGUGGCGAGUGCCUUCUCCUAGCGGCCAUGUCAUAUGAUCGCUAUGUGGCCAUCUGCCACCCCCUGCGCUAUGCCAUGCUCAUGAGUGACAGAGUCAGUGUGCUGCUGGCCGCGGGGGCCUGGCUGGUGGGCACCCUCAACUCCACUGUGCACACGGCCUAUGUGCUCCACUUCCCCUUCUGUGAGCCCAGGGUGAUCGACCACUACUUCUGUGAAGUCCCUGCCUUGGUGAAGCUCUCCUGCGUGGACACAUCACGCUAUGAGCGAGGGGUUGAUGUCAGUGCCAUUAUUUUCUUGUUGAUUCCUUUUUCCAUGAUCUCUGUAUCUUAUGCCAAAAUUUUACAUACUGUCUUGCAAAGCAAGUCAUCAGAGGCCAGGAGAAAGUCCUUCUCCACCUGCUCCUUCCACAUGGUUGUGGUUGUCAUGUACUAUGGGCCGUUUAUUUUCAUGUACAUGAGGCCUAGGUCCUACCACACUCCGGGCCAGGACAAGUUACUGGCCAUAUUCUACACCAUCCUCACACCCAGCCUCAAUCCUGUCAUCUACAGCUUCAGGAACAAGGACGUGCUGAAGGCAAUGAAAGGCGUGUUCCAGAGUAGUGUUGUAUAUAGAAAAUAG